GUAAUUUAGAGCGGCGUGCCGGGCGGGAAUGUAAGAUGGCGGAGUAGCAACGCGAAGCUUUCGGUAUAAGUGUCUGGGUGGAGUUCGGUUCCCGUCUCCACAGCAGCUGUAAUCGUUGAGCGAAGAGAGCCUAGGGUGGUUGCUCAAGAUGCCGAAUAUCAAAAUCUUCAGCGGCAGCUCCCACCAGGAUUUAUCCCAGAAGAUCGCUGACCGCUUAGGCCUGGAGCUGGGCAAGGUGGUGACUAAGAAAUUCAGCAACCAGGAGACGUGUGUGGAAAUUGGUGAAAGUGUACGUGGGGAAGAUGUUUACAUUGUUCAGAGUGGUUGUGGUGAAAUCAACGACAAUCUAAUGGAGCUUUUGAUCAUGAUUAAUGCCUGCAAGAUUGCCUCAGCCAGCAGGGUCACUGCAGUCAUCCCAUGCUUCCCUUAUGCCCGGCAAGAUAAAAAGGAUAAGAGCCGAGCUCCAAUCUCAGCCAAACUUGUUGCAAAUAUGCUAUCUGUAGCAGGUGCAGACCAUAUUAUCACCAUGGAUCUACAUGCUUCUCAAAUCCAGGGCUUUUUUGAUAUCCCAGUGGACAAUUUGUAUGCAGAGCCAGCUGUCCUGAAGUGGAUUAGGGAGAAUAUCUCUGAGUGGAGGAACUGUACAAUUGUCUCACCUGAUGCUGGUGGAGCCAAGAGAGUUACCUCCAUCGCAGACCGGUUGAAUGUGGACUUUGCCUUGAUUCACAAAGAACGAAAGAAGGCCAAUGAAGUGGACCGCAUGGUGCUAGUGGGAGAUGUGAAGGACAGAGUGGCUAUUCUUGUGGAUGACAUGGCUGACACUUGUGGCACAAUCUGCCAUGCAGCUGACAAACUUCUUUCAGCUGGCGCUACCAGAGUUUAUGCUAUCUUGACCCAUGGAAUCUUUUCUGGCCCAGCCAUUUCUCGCAUCAACAACGCAUGCUUCGAAGCAGUAGUAGUCACCAAUACCAUACCUCAGGAGGACAAGAUGAAACAUUGCUCCAAAAUACAGGUGAUUGACAUCUCCAUGAUCCUUGCAGAAGCCAUCAGGAGAACUCACAAUGGGGAAUCUGUUUCCUACCUGUUCAGUCAUGUCCCUUUAUAAUAGAGUAACUUCUGAAGCUUUUUAAACAACAUCAACUCACCCCUUGUUUUUCCUUGGUAUUCGAUAACAAAUUUGGAAGACCCAGCUUGCUCCAGUAUACCUUUCCACAUCCCACAUUAGGCACAUUAGAGUUUAUCCUAAAUUGAGAAAAGAUAGAUUGAGGCUGACUGUUGGGAUUUCCUACCUGCCUUGUCUCAUUCCACCUUCCUUGAUUUUAUGAGCCUACCAGCUUUUUUUUGGUACCGGGGAUCGAACUCGGGUCCUUGUGCUUGCAAGGCUGGCAGUGGAACCACUGAGCUAAGUCCCGGGCCCCGACCUUGCAGCUUUAACUAGAGCUCAGCUGCUGCAAAAUUUCAAACUUUUGAGGUUUGUUUGAAACUUGAGUUUGUUAAAACUUUUAGGGUUGUUUGAAUGUGAUUAUGGAAGCUCAGACUCCUUUGCAUGCGAAUACUUCAGAGUUGUGCUUUGUUCAGAACAACCAGCCACAGAGGCCCCCCAGGUGUGACAAGUUCUCUAAGUUCUAUCCUAAAGUACAGAAACUUGGGCAGCCCUAAACCUAUUCCUAGUAGUGCAGGAGCCUGUAAGGCAAGAGUAGACAGCUCAGCUUGAGCAACUCCUGGCUGGGAUUGAAGGUGGGGAAGGGGAUAAUACAGUGAAGCAAAUAUUUCUUGGGAGGAAAAAGCCUGACGCGUCAUCUGCUUGUCUAUAUAGCUUGGAUUCUCCUACCUAUUCCUUUCUAUUUGGCUUUACCUACAGCCACUUCGACCUUCUGGCCAAAUAUCCCCUUGGGCCCAAAUGACUUGCUUCCUGCUUUGUCAUCUCUAACAUUCACAUUAGAUAAUUUGCUGUAACUCAAUCUUCCUUAGCCUGCUACCACCACAGUAGUAGGUUUUAGCUGGUAUCAUAUAGUGCCUUUUGAUUAAUUUAAGUAUUUAAUUUUCAUCUUCCUUCCUUGGAUUUGUUUAGCCUCUCAUGAUCUGAGAUUUCUGUUAAAAAGAUUGAUGGUAUUGUCUCUUGUAGAGGAAACUAAUAAAGUAUGUGUAUGUGA